GUUCACAUCGUCACCAGCGUCUUGAUUUCCUGAAGGGGGAGGGGCUACACCGGACCAACCCACGAGGCUCUCCGCCUCUAUCACGUCCGCAGAUGAGGUUUAAGUAUACGGACCCUUACAGCGACGUGCUUAGUUUGUCGUAUUCAUCGGUGAGCAGUCCAGUGUAAAGAUGAGUGGCCGUGGUAAAGGAGGUAAAGGUCUGGGUAAAGGAGGCGCCAAGCGCCACCGCAAAGUCCUUCGUGAUAACAUCCAGGGCAUCACCAAGCCCGCCAUCCGCCGCCUGGCUCGCCGCGGCGGAGUGAAGCGUAUCUCGGGUCUGAUCUACGAGGAGACCCGCGGUGUCCUGAAGGUGUUUUUGGAGAACGUGAUUCGUGAUGCCGUCACCUACACCGAACACGCCAAGAGAAAGACCGUCACCGCCAUGGACGUGGUGUACGCCUUGAAGAGACAGGGACGCACCCUGUACGGCUUCGGCGGUUAAACUGAGAAACCAAACCCACACAAAGGCUCUUUUAAGAGCCGCCCACCUCCUCAAGAGAGACUUCCUUACGAUUGUAAAUGUAAUAUUUAUGUUUGUGAUAGAUCAAUUUUAAGGCGGCACCGUGGUUAUGGCAAUAUGCCACAACUGGCUAUAUAAACAUGGAAGCGUUAUUUGUAUUUUACUUUUUAAAGGUGAUAUUUUUCUCAAACCAAUAAGCUUUUUGACUGAAAACAGCUGAAUUCUGCUUUGACUGACUGAUCAUACUGCUUUGACUGACUGAUCAUACUAUUGAUUUUGUUUUGGAAGACCUUAGUGAUGUUAGGCAUGGAAAGUGACGGUAAGUUAAGGCUGAAUCAGUUCAUCUGGACACAUUCGAGAGAAAUUUACUACUUAAAGAUUAUUGGGAUCA